AUGAUGUUGUCCAUGCUUGCAAGAAAAGGCACUUCCAUAUACAAUCAACGUAGCAUCUUGAAGUUGAGUGCAUUCAAUCUAUGCUUCAACUCUCUCACCACCGCUACGAAUAAUGAUGGUGCUGGAGUGAGUUCUCUAUCUGACCCACCUUCAGAAUAUAAUUCGAGUAGCAGCCUUCAUCUUUCUCCAUUUUUCUCCAACUCCAAUCACCCUUCAAGUGGAUUUGACAUCGAGGUUGUGGACCGUGAUGCUUGGGGGGUUUCAUCUGUGGUGGCACAAGCCUGGCGACGAGGGGAUUUGGAUGCAUCAGGAGCUAGUGGUUCGUGUGGUCAGCAUGUGAUUGAUGAACCCCUUGAUGAUCAUUCCUCCGAUGUCGAUGAUGAACUUGAUUUUGAGGACAUUGAUAAUAUGAGAGUUCGUGGUAAUCUGUUUUAUAAGCUUGAGCGCAGUUCCAUGGAAUUUGAAGAGUAUAAUUUAGAGUUUCACAAGAAGAAAUCUUCCAAGAAAAAAAACGACAAGACUGAGGUAAACAACAAAGUUAAAGCUAAUGCUAAAGCGAAAACAACACCGAAUGUGACUGCCAAGGAUCAGAAGCUUCCCAAAGUUGAUGAAUUUGGAAGAAGUGGUAAAAGUGUUAUGCCCCGGAUGGACGAAAUCAAUGAUGUAUCUCCUGUGAACAAGAGGCAGAGGAAUCCUACCUUUAACCAGCUUACAGGUCCUUAUCAUGAACCAUUUUGCUUGGACAUUUAUAUAUCAAAAGCCUCUGUCCGUGCCUGCAUUGUUCAUAGGGUAACUAGCAAGGUUGUUGUUGUGGCGCAUUCCAUUUCCAAGGAUCUCAAGUUUGACCUGUCUUCUACCAAGAAUAAAACCACUUGUGCUGCUGUGGGGGAAAUUCUGGCUCAGAGAGCAUUGGCUGAUGAUAUUCAUGAUAUUAUUUACACUCCAAGGAAAGGAGAAAGGGUGGAGGGAAAGCUUCAAAUUGUUCUCAACUCCAUCAUUGAUAGUGGCAUUAAUGUGAAGUUAAAGAUUAAACAACGACACAAGAAGAAGUCUUUCAGCUCACAUUUUACCUAG